AUGUCAAAGAAAACCCAAGCUAGGGAAUACCUGAACGGUAAGGUGAAGAAACCACUAGCAGUGGUCAUCAAACGAAUCCUUAAGAGGAAACCUGAAGACCCUAUCCCCAUGAUUCUCUCGGUCCUGGAAGAACUCAAAGGACAAGAAAAUGAUCCUUUAAAUGAAAGAGAAAGAAUGGAGCUUGAUGCUCUUAGAAAUGAAAAUGAGUAUCUACAAGCUAAACUAAGUCGACUUGAAGGGAAUACAAUACAGUAUGAAGAAGAUAAAGAGUCCAAACAAGAUACACAUCGGAAGCAUUAUCCAGACGAUAGUGAAACUGAAAGUAGUGAUGAAGAGGAGGAAGACUCAGUCGCUCCUCUUCCACAACCCAAGAAAGGAGUAGACAGAAAACCCCGUACAUCUGUCAGUGCAGAGGCAUUUGGUGUCUGGAAUAAAAAGAGUGACUUCAAACCAGUCGUUGUUCCAAAGAAUGAGAGUACUAAAGACAAAAUCAGGAGUAGGUUGAGUCAAUCCUUCCUUUUUAAUUCUUUGGAUGAAAAAGAAUUCGAAAUUGUGAUUGACGCGAUGACUGAAGUAAAGCUUAACCCAGGAGAAUGCAUCAUCAAAGAAGGAGACGAUGGAGAUUAUCUUUACGUAGUUGAAACAGGACAAUUGCAAUGUAGCAAGAUCUUUCCAGGGAAUACAGAACCUACUAAUUUAAUUGUAUAUAACCCAGGAGGCGCAUUCGGAGAGCUAGCCCUUCUAUAUAAUGCUCCAAGGGCUGCAACAAUCACUGCUAUAGAUGAAUGCUUGUUAUGGGGACUUGAUAGGAAAACCUUCAACCACAUUGUAAAAGAUGCUGCUGUCAGAAAAAGAGAAAUGUAUGAUGAGUUCCUCAAAAAGGUUAAGAUUCUACAAACAAUGGAUGCAUAUGAGAGACAAACGGUAGCAGAUGCGUUCAGUAAACAUAAGUAUUCACAAGGAGAUCUUAUAAUCAAAGAAGGGGAAGAUGGAGAUGAACUAUAUUUCCUUGUAGAAGGGGAAGCUCAAGCCACCAAAAACAUUGAUGGUGAGCUUAAAAAGGUAAUGGAAUACAAAGCAGGAGAUUAUUUUGGAGAACGAGCAUUAAUCCAAAAAGAGCCUCGUGCAGCUAAUAUCGAAGUAGUAUCAGCCACUCUUGAAGCAGUUAGUUUAACAAAAGACAGUUUUAACAGGCUCUUGGGCCCAGUUGAAGAUUUAAUGAAAAGAAAUAUGGAGGUAUAUGCUCAAUAUAAAAGUUAA